AUGGCUAUUGAAUGGAUUGCUAUUAUCUAUGACAAACCAGGUUCUGACAGAACACCUUAUAGACCACAACAUUUAAAAGAUAUUCCACCAAAUGUGGAAAAUGGCAAAAUUGUUAGCGCUGGUGCUAUCUAUAAAGACGUUAUCGAUGGCAAACCAACCAAUUUUGCCGGAUCCAUGCUAAAUUUAGUUGCUGAUACCAAAGAAGAAGCAUUGGACAUUAUUAGAAAUGACGUUUUUGCUAAAAACGGUGUUUGGGAUGUUGAAAAUGUUUUAAUUUAUCCAUUUGGUUGUGCUGUUAGAAAAGAAAAGAAAUAA